AAACCAGCAGCCCCAGAGCAACAAACAAAAGGGCUGCCCCGCGCCACCGUCGCCAUUGCUGGAUGUCCUUCGCCGCCGCCCUGAGCAAGAGAGCCCUGCGGAGCCUCAGCAACGCGCCGCAGCGCCGGUUCUCCUCCCACGGAGGCCUCGGUUGCAAAGAGGGCCUUUCCCAUGGAGGCCUCGGCGCGAAAGAAGAAGCGCCCCCUCGCCGCGAUCCCCGAGAAUUUGGAGGAGCUCAGCAAGCCGGAGCUCAUCAAGAUCAUCCAGUCAUUACAGCAGCAAGUGGCAAAGAAGCACAAGGGCGAUGAAGUCGUCGACGCGAAGGCCUUGAAGGCCAUGCGCAAGCGUCUACGGGAUAAGGUCGUCAAGGCCGUGAAAAAAAUGGCCCACAACGACCGCAAGAAGCCCUACUCCGAAAUAAGUGACGGCUGCGCCAGCAAAGCUGUAGCCGUGGCGCUCAUGAAUGGUCUCCACCCGAAGUCCGACACGGCGCGCAUGACGCGCUGGGUUUUGACGGGCAACGACGUCUCGCGCUUCCUGGGCAUCGAGCGCCUGGUCCAUCCCGUCAAGUUCGACGGCAUGGUUUUGAGUUUUGGAGGCGCCCCGGUCCACGUCUACGCGUGGGCCGCGUUUGAAUCUCUAGAGGUCAAGUUCGAGAACGCCUCGAAAGUUUUGACAUUGAAAUCUAGAACCUAUCUGGCCGGGUCGGGCCGCCCCGAGGCGCAGCCCCGGCUCCUGGCGUAUUCUAGGGGAGAAGAAGGUGGCCUCAUCGGUCGGGACCUCGAAGAGGCCCAGAUCCAGGAGAUGAUGGCCGCGCGGCCGGGGUACUAAUUUGCUUGCAUGU